GUAAAUCCUGUGGCUGCGGCAGCGAAGAAAUUCCUCCCGGAAAAAAGUGUUACCCUAUGAUGCCCUGGAGCAACGACCGGUUGCAUAUGUAUCGUACACAAUAGACCAAAGGGGCAUUGUGCACAAUCUUACUCCUAGAAGUUAUUCCUGGCUCCAUCGCCACGGAUACUUGCCUAUCUGGCAAGCAAGGACGGUCUCCCAAGCCACCACCAAGUCCAGGCAUGGCCAUGAUGAGCACCGAGUUGCAACCUGACUCUUUCAACGAUGACAGGAAACAUCUACCACCUCCUCCGCCAGUUGCAAUAACACCUCCGGUCGAUCUACCUAAGCCAUACUACCUCGAAAAUGGCCUUCGCCGGGUUGCGCCUUAUCACUUCACAUACAAUACUUUCUGUAAACAACGGUGGAGGGGACGAGAGAUUCUCGACAUCUUUGCAGCAGAGUUUCGUGACCGGACUAAGCAAUAUUACAAGGAAGCGAUCGAGUCGGGGCAAAUCAUGAUCAAUGGCAAACCAUGUAAUGAUAUUCAUACCAUCGUUCAGAAUGGCGAUGUCAUCUCACACACCCUACACAGGCAUGAACCGCCGGUGACUGCGCAGCCCAUUCGGGUAGUACACGAAACGGACGAUAUGAUUGUGAUUGACAAGCCAGCUGGCGUGCCUGUUCAUCCUGCUGGCCGCUACAACCACAACUCGGUCGUCGAGAUCAUGAGGGCAGAGCGCCAUCUCGGGUUCAAACCUCUACCGUGCAACAGACUCGACCGGCUUACCAGCGGGAUUAUGUUCAUUGGCAAGACAAGCAAGGCAGCUGAGCACAUUAGCGAGAAACUUCGUGGACGAACAGUGCGCAAGGAGUAUGUUUCAAGGGUCAAGGGCCGGUUCCCGGAUGGAGAGGGUUGGGACGGUGAUCCAAUGCGAGGCGGUGUCGUUAUAUGCGAAGAGAGCAUUCUGCAGAUCAGCCCUAUCGUCGGCCUCAACAGAGCAAGAGCAAGUGGCAAGUCUGCAAAGACACUGUUCAGGAGACUAGCAUACUACCCUACUCACAGGCGGCACGAUACGAGUCAGUCACGUUUGACGGAUGCCUCGAACGGCGCCCAAGUGGCCCAGCCUGCGCCAGCAAUUUCUGGAACCGAAAAUGAAGGCUACAGUAUUGUUCAUUGUCUACCUCUGACAGGGCGGACACAUCAGAUCCGAGUGCAUCUACAGUUUCUUGGACAUCCGAUCACCAAUGACCCUAUCUACAGCAACCGAGCAGUAUUCGGAGCAAACCUCGCGAAAAACGAGUCAACUGGCGACAACGAUGCCGAAAUCAUAGCGAGACUGAAGAAGAUUGGAAAGACUGAGGUGUCGGACUCAAUAUCAUACGAGCAGCAGCGACUUGCGAAGGUCGUAGAGCAGACGCAGCAGACGACAGUAUCGGAAGCAGCAGUGAAGCCAGACUUCAAACCAUUACCAGAAGGCACCUUGCAUGCUGGACCCCUCCCUAAAUCCGGGGAAGAUUCUAUGCAUGAUGAUCCUCAAUACGGAGCCCUAAUCAAAGCACACGACGACAUGGUAGCGGAUUAUAACAAGCGGAAAGGCGAAAAGAUGACCGGAGAGAAAUGCUCUGUAUGCGACACUCCGCUUUACUCCGAUCCUGGACCACAUGAACUAGGCAUAUAUCUGCACGCACUGUCAUAUGCAGAUCUGACCGUCGGUAGCUGGAGCUACCGUAGUCCUGUCCCCCAGUGGGCUCUACCUCCAGAUGGGUACGAUGGGCCGAGAGAUAUUGGCGAGUGGGAGUAUCGAGGAGAUGAGGUGCUGGAUAUAGGUGACGAGAAGGAGGAUGAGCAAACAAAGAAUGUUCGAGGCGCGAAAAGGAACAAGGGUGAAGAAGUGUGAGAACCUUGUCACCAACGAGUCGUGGAUGUACAGAACGAUGAAAGAAGUGAAAGAAGCCUUGCUCACGACCCAGCGGAUGCCAGCCGUACUAGGUCAAUCGGUUGUAGACGAGCAUUCUGAGAUUGGUGCUCUGUAUGCCUCAUGUGCACCGUACAAGCCUAGUGAGCCCC